UUACGGUCAAGUAGGUUGUGUUUUGUAUAACUUUUAUUUGUUAAAAAUUAAUUGCAUAUAAUGUUUAGUUUACGUUUAAAUUUAAAUAACAAUAUUAGAAGAUUGCCUUUUAAUCGCCUAAAAUGUAGUAAAGUUGAAGAAAAGCCUGUAGAAACUGAUGUCCCCUCAGAGCAAAACAAAAUUUUGCAAAAUAUAUUGGCAACAGAUGAAGUGGUGAGGCCAAAGAUCGAUCCCAAAGAAACAUCUAUUGUAUUGUUUCCCGGUCAAGGAACUCAGUAUGUAGGUAUGGCCAGUAAACUUAUGCGUUUUCCAGAAGCUAGACGAAUAUUUGAAAUGGCUAAUGAAGUGUUGGGUUAUGAUCUGUUAAAACUGUGUUUAGAAGGACCAAAAGAUAAAUUAAAUCGUACGGAACAUGCACAGCCAGCUGUAAUGGUGUCUUCGUUGGCCGCUUUGGAACAAUUGAAAGAAGAACGCCCAAAAGCUAUAGACAGUUGUGUAGCCACCGCCGGUUUUAGUUUGGGUGAGCUAACGGCUUUGGUGUUUGCGGGCGUUUUACCAUUUGAUAAGGGUCUAAAAUUGGUGCAAGUUAGAGCCAAUGCCAUGCAAAUGGCUUGUGAUAAGGCACCUGGUGCUAUGGCCAUGGUGUUAUAUGCUCCAGAUACGGAAAUUGGUGCUGCUUGUGCUAAAGCCCAACAAUGGUGUGUUGAUAAGGGUAUAGAAAAACCAUACUGUGGGGUGGGCAAUUAUAUGUAUCCACAUUGUAAAAUAAUAGCUGGCAAUGUAGAAGCCAUUGAAUUUUUAGAAAAGAACUCAAAAAGUUUGAAAAUACGACGCAUGAAACGUUUGGCGGUAAAUGGCGCUUUUCAUACCCCUCUCAUGGAAUCGGCCGUUGAGCCAUUUGCUAAGGCUUUAAGUAAAAUACAUUUGGAAGAGCCUUUAAUUCGAGUCUACUCAAAUAUCGAUGGAAAACCCUAUAAAAGUGUGGCUCAUAUACAAAAACAACUGCCCAAACAGAUUGUACGAUCUGUAAAGUGGGAACAAACUAUGCAUCAAAUGUAUGAACGUCAGCAGGGCGUUGAUUUUCCCCGAACUUUUGAAUGUGGUCCGGGUAAAGGUUUAAUACCAAUUCUUGAAAAGGUUAAUGGGAAGGCUGCUAAUACUGCAUAUCAUAUAGAAGCUUAGUGUAAACUGUGUUUUAUUUCUAUUGUUGAUUAAUGUGUAAAUAUUUUAAAUAAAACGUAUAAAAAACCGACUAUAAAAA